AUGGAUUUAUGGUCCUGGUCAAGCUCAGCCCAGCCCCAGCCAGGGGCGGGCCCAGCAGCAAGAGUUCUGGCGGCGGCGGCGGCGGCAGUAGCAGCGGCCUUGAGCAGUUUGGCAGGGUCGCGAGUGAGGAGCUGGAGCUCAGCAGAGGGUCGCGGGGGGCUGCGUCCGCAGGAAGGGCGUGUCCGUGGGCAAAGGUGCCCCUGUAAGCCGCGGAAGCGCGUGACUUCGCAAAUCCCCGGCCCGGGGCGGUGCUGGAGCCCCACCCCCGGCGGUGCCAGUCCGCAGCCAGACGUGGUGUCCCGGGCGGGGGAGGGAGUGGGGGGCAGGAGCCUGGGAUCCCGCGGAACCUCCAGAUUGGAAGUGUGGCGGGUCUCCCAGGAGCCCAUAGUUUCUUUUCGGAUUCUCCGCGAAGGGGUGGAGAAACAAGAUGGGACCCGGAUUGGUUGCGGUGUGACCCAGAACUGGAACCUUCCUGAAAGUGGCGGGGGCAGGCAGUGCCUGUUCAGUCGUCCAGUUUCUUUGGGAUACGUCUUCAGCGUUGUCUUCCCUGCCUCUGCCUAUGGGACGAGUCUCAAACACCAGCAAACCCAAAGCACGUUCCCCUUCUCAGGUCUGCUGCGGAGGGACGAGAGGAAGAGCGAGUCUUUCCCUCCUUCUACUCAUAGCUUUUGUUUCUUUCAAAUACUAACGGACGAUGAAACUAUACGGAUUCGUCCCCUCUUAGCGAAGAGCAACCACCCACCCACCAAGCCCCUCAAGCACAGCCGGGCAUCGCGGCACAGCUGGAGACAACCUGACGUGACAGGAGUGGAGAUGUCAAAUAUGGAGCUGGAAAAGAUGGUCCACGUGGAAGGAGCGAACCCAGAAGUCUGCUGCUCUCAGCUCUUGCGGGAGGCAGACCCGGCAGUUCGGCUACUCUCCUUUCCCUGUUCCCGGUGGUGGUGCUUCGAAGCUGGUUUCACUCGGCUCGGCAAGAACCUCCUCGGACACUAGAACCCCGUUUUCUCCCUGCGAGGUGGCGGUUGGUUGGGCACGGGCUGUGAAGACUGAAUUCCUCACAAGUCGGAAGCUACAGGAGAGAGAGAGACAGAGAGAGAGAGAG